AUGAUAGGUGGAGUUUUUAUCUAUAACCACAAAGGAGAAGUUUUGAUAUCAAGAAUAUUUCGCGACGAUGUCUCAAGAAAUGCCGCAGACGCUUUUCGAGUCAAUGUAAUUCAUGCGCGACAACAGGUUCGCUCGCCCAUAAGCAUCGUAGCAAGGACAAGUUUCUUUCACGUCAAAAGAGCAAACAUUUGGAUAUGUGCUGUUGCUCGUCGAAAUGUUAAUGCUGCCAUGGUCUUUCAGCUGCUGCAUGCUCUUCUGAACCUGAUGAAGGAUUACUUCGGUAGAGUUACGGAGGAAAACAUAAAAAAUAACUUCGUUUUGAUAUACGAAAUUCUCGAUGAGGUGAUUGAUUAUGGAUAUGGGCAAAAUACAGAUACAGGAAUUUUGAAAUCCCUCAUUACUCAGGCUGGGACACGCACAGCCACUAAAGAGGAGACUGCUCAAAUAACAAAUCAAGUUACUGGUCAGAUUGGAUGGCGCCGUGAAGGUAUAAAAUACAGAAGGAAUGAACUGUUUCUGGAUAUCAUGGAGUCUGUCAAUCUUCUUAUGUCACCACAAGGACAAGUUUUAUCCGCACACGUGGCAGGUCGAGUGAUCAUGAAGUCUUAUUUAAGUGGUAUGCCAGAAUGUAAAUUUGGUUUUAAUGACAAAGUCAGUUUGGAAAAUAAACAACGAUCUACAGCUGGUACAGAAGACAGUAGUGGAGGUAUUGCAAUAGAUGACUGUCAAUUUCAUCAAUGUGUUAAACUGGGUCGAUUCGAAACUGAACAUACAAUCUCUUUUAUUCCACCAGACGGUGAAUUCGAAUUGAUGCGUUAUAGAACUACUAAGGAGAUCAGUUUACCAUUUCGUGUCAUACCAUUAGUUCGUGAACUUGGUAAAACUAAAAUGGAUGUUAAAGUAAUUUUAAAAGCUAAUUUUCGUCCUAAUUUAUUUGCACAAAAAAUUGAAGUUCAUAUACCGACUCCAAUGAAUACAAGUGGUGUACAAGUUGUAUGUAUGAAAGGUAGAGCAAAAUAUAAAGCAGCUGAAAAUGCUAUUAUUUGGAAGAUUAGACGAAUAUCUGGUAUGAAAGAUUGUCAAUUAUCUGCGGAAAUUGAAUUGUUACAAGCUUCAGAUAAACAAAAACGUUGGAUGCGUCCACCGAUUUCUAUGAAUUUCGAGGUACCAUUUGCACCGUCUGGAUUUAAAGUUCGUUUCUUAAAAGUGUUCGAAUCUAAAUUGAAUUAUUCAGAUCAUGAUGUAGUGAAAUGGGUUCGCUAUAUUGGUAAAAGUGGUUUAUAUGAAACAAGAUGUUAA